GUUGACUUUCUUCCAGUUAUAUUUCAAGGCAGCUAUUUGUGUAAUUUUUAAGACCAGGAAAACAGAGUUGAGAGAAUGGAGAUGUGGAGUGUGGCAAAAGGCAACUUGGAGGUCCUCCAGAUCUAUAAACUCCUGCAAUAUGUACGGGAGAAGAACAGACCACAGAUAAAAAAGAUGCUCAAAAUGGGGGUUCCCAACCUGAUAAAUAUAACUGAACCCAAACAGGGACUCAGUGCCUUGUAUCAGGCAUCUGUGGACCACGAUGAAGACCUUGUACAGUUCCUUCUGUCCCUGAAAGCCAACCCUGACAUACAGGACAUGAAGGGCUACACACCAAUGAUGCUGGCUGCACAGUUGGGCUACUACAAGAUUGUGUAUCUCUUGAUCAAACACAAUGCAAAUGUGACACUCACAGAUGAAGAGGGGAAAGGGGUGCUGUUCUACUGUAUCGCUCCAUCUGAAGAACAUGCUCUCUGCCUGCAGAUGGUGCUCAGCAGCAAUGCAAAUGUCAACAGUGUUUCUAACUCAGGGAAGCCACUGCUCGUGUUCGCUUGUGAAAAUGCAAAGGACUGUCAAGACUUGUGCAUUCACAUUUUGGAAAAAGGAGCUGAUCCAAAUGCAGUAGAUCAGGUGACACGGUGCUCUGCCCUUAUGGGGGCAUCUAAAGCUGGUGCUGUGAAGCUCGUCAGAGCCAUUUUACAAAAAGGAGUGAAUCCUAACUUGCUUGAUGGAGAUGGACGGUCCGCUGCCCACUUUGCUGCAGAACAAGGUUUCCUUGAGGUUUUGCAGGUGCUGUCUGCAUACUCUGCUGACUUGGGUAUCAGCACGGCAAAGGGUGACACACCAUUGCACUUUGCUGCUGCUGGCGGCUUCAAUGAGUGCUGUAGAUUCCUCGCUCAAAGAGGAUGCAGUCCCAAACAGAAGAAUCUGGAAGGCCUUCUUCCAAGCCAGGUUGCCAAAAACAAUGGCUGCAAAGCUGCACUCAAGGAGCUCAAGAAAGCAGAGAAAAUAUAUGUGAAGCUUUCUAAGCCUGAUGCCGUGAACCCCAAUGAACCCUGGGCCGUCACCCUUCACGACUGGUCCCGUGAACACGAGGCAACCUUGCGCAAAGCCUUUGAAACUGCUGAGGGACUGGAUAAACCUGUUGAAAAAGUUCCUCUGGAGACAUUUGUGUCUUUACUGCAUGAGCAUCAAGCUCCUGUAAGUAAUGAGCAUCUUCAAAGGAUCAUCAAGGAACAUGACAAAAACCAUGAAAGUGUCAUCAAUUUAAAUGAGUUUUUUAAAGGCCUCAGGUACCUCCAGAAGGCCUUUGUCAUCUCAUCCUACGCUCCUAAGCCAGGUAAGAAGGAAAAGGGAAAAGGAAAGGAAAAGAAAAGUGCCAAAUCUGCCAUUCCAUUGCCCAUAUGCACAAUGCCACCUGAGCUGAUUUCCAGAAGAGAGGACAGUGGGCUACCUUACUACAUAAUCGAGAACUACCAGCCGUUCACUGACACCAAACAUUUCAACCGAGACCGGCCGCCAGUUCACCCCAUUGAGAAAGACUCUGCUUGGUAUAUUGAUGAUCCUGAAAAGAUCUAUACCAACAUCAAUUACUGUGUGAGGGCUGGAGAUAUAGAUUCUCUUAGUCUGGCGUUUACCCAACAAGUGCCUGUUGAUAUCAAAGAUCAGUUCUUUAAGACGCCACUCAUGACAGCAUGCAGCUGUGGCAACUACCAAGUAGCUAAAUUCCUCAUUUCACAAAGGGCUGAUGUCAAUGCUGUUGACCAAUUUAACUGGACGCCCCUUCAUCAUGCUUGCUAUGCAGGUCAUGUAGACAUUAUCAAGAUGCUGGUGCAAUCUAGAGCUGUGGUGGAUGCAGUGUCAAUGAAUGGAGCAACUCCACUCAUGAGAGCUAUUGAAAGCUGUCGGUUCAGCUGUGUAGAGUGUCUCAUCGAAGCUGGAGCCAACGUCAUGGCAGAAAACAAGAGAGGGCAAAAUUGCUUGGACAUUGCUAUAGAGUAUGGUGAUCCUACAAUCAUUGCAUUGGUCACUGCCAAAUCCAGCAUUCUUCUAAAUGAAACGAAAUCAGAACCAACUUUGACACAAGAUUCUUCGGGACAAGACACUGAUGAGGAGAAGGGAACGCUUUGAUGAAAAGAUGACUUUCAAGUACUUCAUACACUUUAACAAGAGUAUCUCAGACUGGAAUGGGAUGGGGU